AAGAUUAUUGAUCGUAUUUUUCUCCAAAAGCCUAUGGUUCACAUAGAUGCUUUAUUUGGAUCUUCAUUCGGCUUAAUUGUUCUUAAAAAGGUCCGGAUCCGAUCCGCUUCACGGCCAGAGAACCCGCGACUCUGUCCCCCUCCAUGGGCAAAGAGGGCGAGAGAGAGCAUCAUCUCCAAAGAGAAGAAGCCAGAAGAAGAGAGAGAGGAUAGCUUCUUCGAGGACGAUGCAAGAGAUCCGAAGAGACGUCGUGUUCAACCGAUCGAUCAUCUUCUCUCCCGCGCGGGCGAAGAGGCCGUCCGACUUCAAGGCCCACCAGAAGCCGGGCGAGUCGGCCGGCAACCCUGCCCGGACAUCCUGCGCCUUCUGCAAGCACCACGAGCACGAAUGCGCCCCAGAGAUCGUCAGAGUUCCGCCCGACACCAUCGAUUGGAAGAUCCGCGUCAUCGAGAACCUCUACCCCGCCCUCAAUAGGACGCUAGACAUCCCGAACCCUAAUAAUAAUGGUGGCGGCUGCGAACUCGUUCUUCCGGGGUUCGGAUUCCACGACGUCGUCAUCGAGACGCCGGACCACAGCGUGAACCUGUCGGACCUGUCGGCGAAGGAGAUCGGCGACGUGCUUCUUGCUUACAAGGAUCGGAUCGGGCAGCUGGCGAAGAUCGAAUCCGUCAAGUACGUUCAGGUUUUCAAAAAUCAUGGGGCAUCAGCUGGUGCAUCAAUGAGCCAUUCCCACAGUCAGCUCAUGGGUGUUCCCUUUGUUCCAGCAACUGUCUCUGCUCGGCUUGACAGUGCGAAGGAGAACUUUUGCAGGACAGGGAAGUGCCUUCUGUGUGAAAUCAAGACCGAGGAGCUUCUGGUUGGAGAAUCGACCCACUUCUUCGCCUUGGUUCCUUUUGCAGCUUCGUUGCCGUUUGAGAUAUGGAUAAUUCCUCGGCUGCAUGCUUCUCAUUUCGAAGAAAUCGAUCAUGAGAAGGCUACUGAUCUCGGAAGUAUGCUGAAGCUCAUGCUGCUCAAGCUUUCUAAGCAACUGAACGACCCACCAUUCAAUUACAUGAUUCACACCUCUCCCUUUCAGAUGAGCGCCGACAGUUUGCCUUAUGCUCACUGGUUCAUACAGAUUGUGCCACAGCUAAUUGGGACCGCUGGAUUCGAGAUGGCUACUGGGUGUUAUAUAAAUCCUGUAUUUCCUGAGGAUGCUGCCAAAGUUCUGAGGGAAGUCACCAUUCUCAUGUAACAUCUGUCUAUCCAUUUUUUCACAGGGAUAGCUGUUGAGGUAGAAUAAAACGUUCUUGUAGCCUUGAAGACUGGUGAGAGAUCCAUGAUACCUUUGGGCCCUUCGAUUAGUAUGGUUAGAGAAGCUCCCUUUCAUGAAUGAGUGCAGAAAUGAUUUGUUUUCAGAAGCUUUUCGUCAUCUCCUUAUUAAUCAAAACGACAGAAGGGAAUUGCUUAACAGAA